UCUUGUGGAGCUGCCUUUUCAGGCGGUUACACCCUGCUAUCCCAGGAAGCUGCCUCGGCGUUCAAAGGCUCUGCCAGUCCUUUGGCACUCGCCUUGUGCUGCGGGUUACAGGGACGGCUCCCACAGCCCAGUGUCAGUGUUGGGGAACGUGUUCUCUGCUCCCAGACUGUCCUGGGCAUUGGGGUAAUUGCAGGGCUGGGUUAAAUUGCCUCCAAGCCCCUCUGGGAUGCUGUGUGUCCUACUUGCACUGAGCUAGUGGCAGCACCAGCUCCCACAGCAACAGAUUUCUUUUGGCUGUGUUGUGCUCAGCUCUUGGGGUUCCUUCGCCCCACACCACAUGUAAAUACAUCCCAUAAGAUCACUGAUCUGCUGGUGUUGGGUGGGUUGGUUUAUGGCUUAAUGAUGCCUUUGCAUGGCAGGGGCUGGAGGUGUCACUGGCUUGAAUACUGGGACCCUUCACUCCAGGCUGGGGGUACCAGUACAGACCAGUGUGCUUUGUGCUGGGGGCUCGCAACAAGGGCUGGAGCCCUCGGGAUUUCGCAGCCUGUGUGCUUGGUGCAUGAGUUCAGCUGUGAAGCCCAGCGAGAUGAUUUGAAUAAUUUAAUACCGGGCUGUGACCAAGCCUGGAGAAAAGGGUAAAGGAAACAAAGAGGCCCCCAGCCCUGAGCAACAAUAGCUCUUGAAACGACAAGCUGAGGCAUGUCCGCGCUGCCGGAGGCAGAGAGCAGCCUGGGCAAAUAGGCCAGUUGCAUUCCUCACGUCUGCUGCUUUGUUUCCCUGCAGAAGCUCCCGGUGCAAACUGCAGGUUUCAGGGCUUCUCCCUUUAUCCAUGUUUUGUUCUGGUGGUGGAUCAGCCGCGUCCCCUUGGCUCUUCCCGCUGAGGAAGGCAGGGAUGGAAGGGAGCGGGUAGGGAGGUGGUGCGGGGGUGAGGCUGCUUGGGCUUGUGCAUCCCAGCCAGCGUGGUCCCCUCUGGUCAUUGUCACCCAGGGAAAGCCUGACCCCGUUGCUGUGCUCGUUAAGAUCCUGCGGACCUGGAGCCACCGCUGCCAGCAGGAAACAGCCCAAACCGCCGGCUGAUCCCGCAGCUGAUUCGAUUUGAUUCUUGCACCUCUGUUGUGGUCGUAUCCCCAUUCCCACCAGGCUUGGCAGAAGGUUUGGUUAUUGUCCGUCUGUCCAGCCACCUUGCUGCCCUCACCUCUCACCUUUCCUGGGCACGAGUGCCCAGAAGCAGGGACAGGAGUCUCCCCACUCCUUUCCCUGGGGCUCCUUCCCCACCUUAACACUAGUGGAACAUUGGUUUUCGAUCCCUCCCGUUUAAGUUAAAUCCGAGGCGGAGGGCUGGAGCAGGGGUGCAGGGCAGGGAGAGGCCGGGGGAAGGAGGCAGGAGGCCUCCCCGAGCCCAGAUGGGUUCAAGGAUGGACCCAUUACAGGGGACAGCGAACAUAUCGAACAUAUCGCCUGCACAAAGGGAAUUGCCCUGCCCGGAGGUUGAGUGUCGCCUUUGUGCGAGACAAACGCCCGGCUGUGAUGUUGAGUGCGGGGAGGGCUUGGUGAGGGAGAGGGGAAAAGGGGGAGAUCUUUGUUUGCAGGGUCUGACACCUCCCAGCCGUCCUGCCGGCACAGCCAGCGCCUUCUGAUGGUUUUGUCAGCUCCUGGCUAAUUAGCGGAGAUGCUCUUUAGUGAGGUUAGGAAAGAAAAAUUUUUAAAACAUCAAAGAGAAGCAGUAAAUAGUGAUAGAACUCAGCUCUGUUUCAUGCCCGUCAUCGGAGACAAAGCCUUUCUAAGCUUGCAGGAGCGGUGUGUCCUGUGCCUUCUGUUGGGGGGGCCCGGGAGUCCCAUCGCCCCGUGGGCCCGUCCUUUUCUCCUGAACCUGGUCCCACAGCCGUGUCCAGGGAUGGUUUUUAGACAGGGCCGGGUCGCAGCGUGUUGGGGCGGGUGUCUGGGGCAGUGUGCUGCGGGAGGCCAGCCUGGCCCCAGGGCGUGCGGGGCUUAGUGGCAGAACCAGACGGACCGAUCCUGCCCUGGGGGGUUCACGGCUCUGAGCAAACCAGGGUGGGAACAUCUCAACUCCAGUCUGCCACCCCCGUGGCAGCUCGGAGGUGCCCACUGCACCCCUCUGCUCUCUCCUCUGUUGCCCGCUGACGUUUGUUUUCACGUGUUGUGUUUCCAGGCUCACUGGGAGCUGGUUAAAGUUUAGCUUGCUGCUCUCUGCCAUCUGAGCAGGCUGCCAGCUAGUCACACCCCUCGGAAAAGACCCCACGAUGGCUGUUCACCCUUCGUGUACCCCAGUACAGGCUGCCCUGCUAUUUGGGUGUCAGGAGCUAAAGCCAGUGGCAGGGUAACCCCAGAAAUCUGCCACCCAUCCCCUUCUUGGCAGCUCCGGCAGCGCGAGCAGGCUGCCUGCCUUCCCCCCGGGCUGCUGGAGGGUUUUAUUUUAAGCAGAGCCUCGCGGGGAGACGAGUAACGUGAGCUCCUUGAGUGACAAGUGAUAGAGCUUGACUUGCUUAGCGUGUCCCCCAGGAAUCCCUCUCCUCUGCCAUUUGCUAAUUGAAAACUGCUAACAUUUGGGUCUGAAGCAACUGCCGCCUUUAAUGGGGAGCGGGGCUGGGGCGUGCGUUGGUGGGACUAACACAUGCUCGCAGCCUGUCAUCUGCUCGUCUCCAUCUCUAGGGAAAGGGGCAAAUAUUCCCAUAUGCUGCUCUGGUUUCUGAAAGAGUGAAGUGGGGGCUGGAGCCAGACGGGUUUUUCUUUUAUUCUCCCUCCUCCAAGCCCUUGCUAGAAGGUUAGAAACCCCCAGGCUGGGGGGCUGCUGUUGGCUGCAGCCUGGGGCAUCAGCUCUGAGCAGGAUGAAGCCACAGGAGCGUGUGUUCCCCCUAUUCCUGUGGGGGGGGGUCAGGGCAGACCCUCCAUGUCCUGCUCCGUGUUGCACCCUGCCAUGGGUGCUGGCUGGAACAUGGGUCGCUCUCUGUGGCAGGACUGGCUGUGUGAACUGAGCCAGCGCUGCCAAGGAGGGGACACAGGGUCAGCAAGGACAGCACUGAGUGUCCCCAGCCCCAGAGCCAAAGCCCAGCCCUGGAUUAGGGGAGGCUGUGGCUGGGCGACCGGGGGGAUCUGCAGGUUGUGCACAAGCCCCCUGGGGGACUGUGGCCGGUGUGGUGCUCCCCAAACCCUUGGGGUGACUGUGCUCAGUGUGGUGGGUCCCAAACCCCCCCGGGGUGAUUCUGCUCAAUGUGGUGGGUCCCAGACCCGCCGGGGUGACUGUGCCCGGUGUGAUGCUCCCCUACUCCCUGGGGUGACUGUGAUGGAUACAGUGGGUCCCCAAACCCCUGGGGUGACUGUGCCCGGUGCGGUGGGUCCCAACCCCCCUGGGGUGGCUGUGCCCGGUGCGGUGGGUCCGCCCCCAGCCCGGAUAGCUCAUUCCCGACCCGCUGCUCCCCGCACCCCCGGGAUGUCGUGGCCGCCCCAGCCCCCCCGGUGCGGUCGCGGCGGGGCGGGAGGCGGAGCGGGAGGCGGUGUCGGUGCCCGGCCCCGGUUGCGGGGCGGUGUCAGGCCGGUUCCACCGCCCCGUCCGGCCCCCGGGCGGAGCCGGGCGCGGAGCGCGGAGCCGAGCGGGGCGCGGAGGAGGCGAGCGGGGCGCGGGGCGGCGGGAUGCCGGGCUACGACUACAAGCUGCUGGAGCGGCCGCGGCGGCGGGUGCUGUGCCCGCUCUGCGGGAAGCCCAUGCGGGAGCCCGUCCGCGUCUCCACCUGCGGCCACCGCUUCUGCGACACCUGCCUGCAGGAGUUCCUCAGCGAAGGUGUCUUCAAGUGCCCGGAGGACCAGCUACCUCUGGACUAUGCCAAGAUCUACCCUGACCCAGAGCUGGAGGCGCAGGUGCUGAGCCUGACCAUCCGCUGCAUCCACAGCGAGGAGGGCUGCCGCUGGACCGGGCUCAUCAAGCACCUCCAGGCCCAUCUUGGCACCUGCGGCUUCAACGUCAUCCCCUGCCCCAACCGCUGCAGCGCCAAGCUGAGCCGCCGGGACCUGCCCGAGCACGUCCAGCACGGCUGCCCCAAGCGCCGGGUCAAGUGCGAGUUCUGCGCCAGCGACUUCACCGGGGAGGCCUUCGAGGGCCACCAGGGCACGUGUCCCCAGGAGAGCGUGUACUGCGAGAACAAGUGUGGGGCCCGCAUGAUGCGGCGCCUGCUGUCCCAGCACGCGCUGUCCGAGUGCCCCAAGCGCACCCAGCCCUGCACCUACUGCGCCAAGGAGUUCGUCUUCGACACCAUCCAGAACCACCAGUACCAGUGUCCCCGGUACCCCGUGCCCUGCCCCAACCAGUGCGGGACGCCCAGCAUUGCCCGGGAGGACGUGCCCACGCACCUCAAAGAGAGCUGCAGCACUGCCAUGCUGCUCUGCCCCUUCAAGGACGCUGGCUGCAAGCACCGGUGCCCCAAGCUGGCCAUGGGCCGACACCUGGAGGAGAGCACCAAGGCGCACCUGGGCAUGGUGUGCGCCCUGGUGAGCCGGCAGCGGCAGGAGAUCCUGGAGCUGCGGCGGGACAUGGAGGAGCUGUCGGUGAGCAGCGAUGGGACCCUCAUCUGGAAGAUCUCUGACUACACCCGCAAGCUGCAGGAGGCCAAAGCCCGCAGCAACUACGAGUUCUUCAGCCCCCCUUUCUACACCCACAAGUACGGCUACAAGCUCCAGGUCUCGGCGUUCCUCAACGGCAACGGGAGCGGGGAGAGCAGCCACCUCUCCGUCUACAUCCGCGUGCUGCCGGGCGAGUACGACAACCUGCUGGAGUGGCCCUUCUCCUACCGCGUCACCUUCUCCUUGCUGGACCAGAGCGACCCUUCACUCUCCAAGCCCCAGCACAUCACCGAGACCUUCCACCCCGAUCCCAACUGGAAAAACUUCCAGAAGCCAGGGGCUUCGCGCAGCUCCCUGGAUGAAAGCACCCUGGGCUUCGGCUACCCCAAGUUCAUCUCCCAUGAGGACAUCAAGAAGCGCAACUACGUGCGGGACAACGCCAUCUUCAUCAAAGCCUCGGUGGAGAUCCCUCAGAAGAUCCUGGCCUGAGCCCCGGUGCCCCGGGGGGCACAGAACAUGAGCCAGGGGUGUCCCUGGUGGUGCUGAGCCCCUGCCUGCAGCUGGCGUCCCUGGCUUGGGGACGCUGCCGUGGCCGCAGCUGGUGGCUCUCAGGUAGGCAGGGGAUGGGGCUGUCCCCCCCACAUCCCUCCUGGGGCUGGGACCCCACUGGGCAACCCCGUCUCGGGUGCCUGGGGGUGCUGGGGGGCUGGGCCCCCCCAAAAACCCCUCACUGGGGCACCCAGCAGCCCCCCAAGCCUCGCUGGGGACCCCACAGGACCCCACUGCCCAGAGCCAUAUUUUGUAAACUGGUGCCCCCCGGGAGCACUGUUGUUAUUUAUUACCCGGGCCGGGGCUGCUGCCCCCUCCCCACCUCUUUUUUUUUCCAAUAAACUUUUAUUGUAUUUAUUA